CUCCUCUGUAUGUGCCUGGCGUUGGAAAUAGCAGUGGUAACCAAUUCUGUGUGACACCGGAUGCGUCUGUCAAGACCGCAGCCCCUUGGUUGGCUCCCCUUGGGAAAAACGGAGAGAAAGCUAAGCGGGGGGAGGGAGAGAAUGGGAGACGGGUGUCACAUGGAGGACAGCAAGCGUGGGAAGUGCGUGAAGUGUCUCUUUUAGAAUACAGUCGCACGGGGAGGCCGUUCAGAGCCAUGGAGCGACAUUCCCUGCUGAAUUCUCUGCAGCUGACCCUCCCAGAGGGGCAGGGAGCCCUUGAGUACCCCCCAGUAGAGCAGGUUCUCCCCCAGUUUCUGCAGCUUUUUGCAAGCGUGGGAGCCCAGCAGGCUGGUAGCAAAGCCAGGACAGGAAUGGUCAGAGACCUCUUUGCCAUCUUGGAGGCCGUAGACUGCCAAUGGCUGUUGGGGGGCCGCCAGGGGAAUUCCACCCCACUUGUCCUUAGAGACUUGGUGGUUGCACUGAGCACCUAUGCAGCACUACCCCAGCAGGAACAUGAUGGGGGAGAGCUCCCCAGCAAGGACCCAUCCUAUGCUGCUGCAGCCGAUCGGGCAGCAGAUGUCAGCCUGGUUUUCCGGAGCAUCUUGGCUAAGAUGGAAGAAGCAGCAAAAGGCUCAGAGGAACUGGGGUGCAAGGUGGUUGGCUCGUUCUUGUGCCAAGUGGCGGGGCCCAUGUAUAUUUUUGCUGUGACUCAUGCUGCAGAGAAGCCAUGGAGCAGACCGAGGACUCGAUCGCUGGCCCAGGAGCUGCUGGAAGGUUUGCUUCAGGUUUGGGGCUGCCAGUCAGUCCCUGAGUUUCUCAGAGGGGCCGCUGAAGAUGAAGAGGGUUGGUUUGCAGUGGUGAUGCAGUCCCUGAAGCCAGAGUUGACCAAAGAAACAUGGCAGCGCAACCCAGCCACAAAGCACGUGUUUUCAUGGACGCUCCAGCAGGUCACUCGGCCCUGGCUUGGCCCCCAUUUGGAGAAAGUUCUGCCGCCAUCGCUGCUCCUGUCAGAUGACUACCGGAUAGAAAACAAGAUCCUGGGCGUGCAGUGCCUGCACCAUAUCAUUCUUAAUGUGCCAGGAGCUGAUCUCUGCCAGUUCAACCGGGCACAGGUUGUGCACCACGCCCUCUCCAACCACAUCUACAGCAAGGAGGCCCGGCUCAUGCAGAUUGUGUUGCCAUGCUUACUGGACUUGCUGCCAAUCUUGGAAAGGGCCCCUGGACGGCCGUCCCGCCAGCCUCCAUCCGCUGUGCCCUCUGACAAGGUGCUCCGGCUGGUCUUGACCCAUAUGGAACCGGAGCACCAGCUCGCUCUGCGGAGGGUGUAUGCCAAGAACCUGCCCGCCUUUGUCGAGAGGCUGGGCAUCCACAUAGCCCGUCAUCUGAAGCGGCUGCAGCGGGUGAUCGUGGGAUACCUGGAGGUUUACGAUGGACCAGAAGAAACGGCUAGACUGGCAAUGUUGGAAACACUGAAGCGGACCAUACAGCACGCCUGGCCCAGGAUGACGACCCGUCUCGCGGUCCUGCUCCAAGCUCUGCUGAGGCUCAUGUGGGACACAGUCACCGACAGGAGCCCAACCCCUGAGCCAGUAACGGCCGCUUUGCUGCAGGGGGCCACAGAGUGCCUUCUCUUGCUGGAUCGGUGUUCCCACGGCCAGGUGAAGGUUCUCCUUCAAGGGGUCCAGCACAGCUGUCAAGAUGAUCGCCUUAGGGAAUGCCUCAGAAAACUGGAAGAGGAGCCUGUAGAAAGCUUCAUUCCUACAGAUCCCAAGAGGGAGUUUUAGCGAAGAAGAAAAUGCAUGCCAGGUUGAAAUAAACACCCUCUAGAUUUGAAGACGGGCAUUUUUGCCCUAAUACAGCUAAAAAAUUGUUUCCUGUUUUAAAAAAAAG